CUCCUAUAUCUUCCCCUACUCUAUCUCAUUUGUCUUCACCUGUCUCUGUUACAGUGUCUGUUACUAUAGCUUAAUCCCCUCUACAGACUGCUUGGCAACCUCCGACGUUGGAAGAGUUCUUUGCCGACAUUGAACGUCGACGGCUUCAGCCUUUUCUGUAUAACUGCAGUGACCUUCGUACAGUGACCAAUUUUUUGGCAGAGACAGGGCAGGAAAACGACCCCAUAGAACUGGUUGAAGCACGGAACAUGGCUCUCGCUACAAGCGGAAUAUAUGCUUCCUGCACCCCAAUAAUGGCAUGGAAUUAUCACUUUGGAGAUAUGCAAGCUUUCUACGCCGAAAAAUUUGCACAAGUCGAUGCUCAAAAUCCUCUUUUUGGGUCUGGGGAUGUGCGUAGACAGCGUCCUAAGCGUGCUGCAGCAGAGACGGCUUCAAAUGCUUGGAAAGGACUUAGCCCGCGCAAGAGACAGCGACGUUAGUAGAAAGAAGAUAGGCCUAAUAAGGAAUACAUUGAAA